AUGACAGAUGACAAACCUGAAUGGACCACUGCCAUUGCAGGAGACAAGCGUCAUCUUGGAGAGGGAGUGAACAACCCACAGCCUGCACAUGUGCCAGAAAGUCUUGAAACCAGAAACAACACAAAGAAUACGAGACAAAAAUACAGAGAUGAGGGCAUUGAUCCCCCUGAACGCAAAGCUAAACACCAAGCCCCCCACAUCCCUGAUGUGCCAGGGACCCCCAGUGCAGCACCCAGCUCCCCAGAGCCAGGAGGGCUGAGUGCAUCACCUGACAUAGCUGAGCUGCUGGGUGAGACACCAAAGAUAAAAGCUGAUGAGCUCCCUAGGAAGCAGACAACAGUCAUUCAGGAGGAGAACGUGCAGCCAUCCAGAGGCCUGAAUGACACGCAGAAGUGCAGCAAUGGCUGGGUGUACCCCACAGCACAGCAGCCAUCCCUGCUCACCGAGUUUGAUCUCGUGUGUGACAGGAAGAACCUGAAUGACAUCUCACAGUCCAUCUAUAUGCUGGGAAUGUUCCUGGGAGCCAUGAUCUUUGGACUCUUCAGUGACAGGUUUGGCCGUCGGCCAGCCCUCUUGAUCUCCAUCCUCCUCGAGGGUUUGUUUGGUGUAGCAAUUGCCCUUGUGCCUCAUUUCUAUGUAUACUUGGCCUUCAGAUGUGUUGUGGGGGCUUCAGUGUCAGGGAUCAUGAUGACCUUGCUGGCCCUAGUUACAGAAUGGGUUGGUGUCUCCUAUCGACCACAGGCAGUUCUUCUUUCUCACUGCUGUUUUGCUAUUGGACAAAUGAUUUUGGCUGGCUUGAGUUACGGUAUCCCAAACUGGAGGUUGCUGCAAACUGUAGGAUCUGCUCCUAUAUUUAUCCUUUUCCUCUUCAUCUGGGUGCUACCAGAGUCAGCUCGCUGGCUGGUGACAAAAGGCAAAAUAGAAGAAGCUAAGAAGUACUUUAAGAAGGCAGCAUCCAUCAACAAACGCACCAUUCCUCCAGAAAUGCUGGACCAGCUGAAGGGUGAGACCCAGACCAAGUCUGGAAGUAUUCUGGAUCUCCUUCGGAAGAAGCACCUCCUGAGGAUGACUUUAAUCAUAAUGUGUGCCUGGUUUAUGGAUAGUCUAGUCUACUAUGGACUGAGCCUUAAUGUGACAGGCUUUGGCCUCGACAUUUAUCUGACACAACUUGCUUUUGGAGCAGUGGAAUUGCCCGGUCGUAUUAGCUGCAUUUACCUGCUACAGUGGUUUGGGAGGAAAAAAGUCCAAGCUGUUCUCCUGCUGUUGGCUGGCUUGAUGUGUCUCAUCAUUGUUGGCAUCCCUGAAGACCAGGCCGUGGCAAUCACCGUCCUGGCAGUCAUCGGCAAGUUUGCUGCGUGUGCCUCCUUCUCCACCUCCUAUAUCUACGCUGCAGAGCUCUUCCCCACCGUCAUCAGGUGAGA